AUGUCAUACGCAGCUGUUGCAGCCCACAAUGCACCUCCUCCAAGCCAGCAGCCUCACCCAGACCUCGGUCUCCUCAACACGGCCAGGCCCACCGACCAGGUCAUCCCAGACGUAGACACGGGAAAGGUCAACGUCGUCAGCCACGACUUUAAGCAACAUCCUGUCACCGACACGACGCUCCAUGUCGAACACUCGAGCUCGAGCGAAGACGAGGGCCACACUCCAGAUACACACAAGCGCAAAUCACGCAAGGACAAGCAACGUAAACGCAAAGCCCGCCAUGCAGAACGCAAAUUUGAGGGUUGGAUCGACUGGACAAAGGACAAGCUCUUCCAACCUGCAGUCGCAGGCGGUUUCUUUGCAGUCGUCAAUCUUGGUGUCCUCGGAACGGUCGGCUACCACGUCUACAAACGCCCGACGCUCGUGACGGAACCCCGCAUGAACGCCCGGCCACUCUCGUACAUUGGCGCAGGUCUCUUUAGUCUCUUUACCCUCGAAUCUCUUGCUGCAGACGCCUAUCUUCGUACGGCAAAGGGCCAGCAAGAACUCCGUCGUGCCGAAGAAGAAGGUCACUAUUUGUACAACAAGACUAAAGAAGUCGUCCUCCGUCCCAAAGUCGCAGGGGGUCUCCUCGGCGUCGCAAACCUCGCCGUCUUGUCCGCAUUGGGCUACGGCGCAUACACCCACUGGGACUCGCAUAUCGACAAAAAGAACAUUUCAUACGUGACAAUUGGCCUCAUCACCUGGUUUAGCGCCCAAGGUUGGGCAGUCGAGAAAUACCUCCAAGAAGACAUUCCCAGACGGUAUUAA